AUGUGUGAAAUGCCCCAGGAAGUCGCCCGCGAGCUUGCGGCUACCGCCAAGGCCCUCACAGCUCCCGGCAAGGGUCUGUUGGCUGCUGACGAGUCUACAGGCACAAUUGCAAAGCGUUUUGCUUCCAUUGGAGUAGAGAACACCGAGGCUAAUCGUGCAUUCUACAGAGGUCUGUUGUUUACAACAAAGGGGUUGGGUGAGUACUGCAGCGGUGCGAUAUUGUUUGAAGAGACUCUGUACCAGAAGAGCCCUGAGGGAGUUCCUAUGGUUGAGCUUCUGAAGAAGGAGAACAUCAUUCCGGGUAUUAAGGUAGAUAAGGG